CAAAGCAAAUACUUUGUUUGCUAUCCGAACGUUGCCCACUAUCUUUAUUUUUUUUUCAGUUUUGGGUGGAAGGGAGAACUGCACACCGGCCUUCAAAACUUAGUUCACCCGCCGAAGCUUCACACUUUGGGAAAAGCGCAACGAAAAGUCACUAUAAAAUCAUUGUUUCCCCACGAUAGUUGACUACUUCUCCGAAUCGUCUCAAGUCGGUAACAAGAUUUCCUACGCGCAGCGCGCGUUUCCACUGCUUCCAGUAUUCGCGAGUUUGCAUAUUAAGUGCCUCUGUCUGUUCGCCAAUCCGCGAGAAUUAUUUGUGCCGCCUCGGAGUGAGAAAAUUGCGAAUGCUGCUGUAACUGAUUGCAUACAAUUGCGUACGCAGACAUUCCGGAACGGGACGGGCCCAAAAGUUGGACGGAUACCAGCUUAGCCGGGCAGCCAAGUGGAAAGGAAGUAAACAGCACAAUCAUCUUGAGCAUUUUUUUUUUGCCAACGUUUUUGGCGGGUAGCAGUGAAGUGAACGUAAAACUCUCCAUUGUUCGUCAAAAACUGCUGCUGCUAUUUUUCGGCGAUAAAUUAGCCGGAAAAAACAAGUUCUGUAGACAGUGCACGAGCCGAGACUUUUCUUUAUUAUUUUGAAGUGAAAAAUCAAAAGUUUGACAUCAACCCGCAGUGUGUGUCUGUGGAGCGCGGUUGAAGAAGUGUCGGAGAAGUGUUCAAGUGGUAGCCCAUCGAGACGGGAAACUUUUUCUCCAACGACAGGAAGAAGUAAUUGCGAUUCGAGAACGACUUGAGCCUUUCCAAUGGGUGGAAAAAUGAGUGCCAUUGAAUGGAGCUUGAAAAUCCUGCUAGCGGUAUCGCUUCUACAGGUGGAUGUGAUCCACUGUCAGCAAAAUGAAGGUAUCGCCAGAAGUCAGUUGUUUCAACCAACAGAUGGUGGUAGCCCAGCGGUAGCCGAGUCAGCCUCCAAACAGGGCGAAAGUCGUGCGGAGGGCGCACGGUCUCUGAGAAGCAGUUACUACACGAGUGGAGCGAGCGAUAGAAUCUUCGAUCUUGGCCUUCUAGGAAGACCAUAUUACGGAAAAGGAGGAUCGAGUUUCGGAGGAGGUUACUAUCCGCAAUCUGGUGGCUUCUACCCACAGGGUGGUUAUUAUCCACAAUCUGGAGGAUUUUAUCCGAACGCAUACCCGGGCUCGUCGGGAUACUUCCCAGGAACCAACUCGAUCGACGGCAGUAGACCAUAUGGAGGUGUCGGUGGAAUCGGAGGCGUCGGUGGUUACAAUCCUUACGGUGGAGGCUUCGGUGGAUACGGCGGCUACGGAGGCUAUGGAGGCUACGGAGGUAAUGGUGGAUUGCAGUCGUACUUGGGCUACCAGAAUGCCAACUAUUUCGGUAAUCGAAACCUGGGCUAUGGUUACUAUACCGGAACCACCCCGGUGGGUGUAACCAGUUCGAGCCUGGUCAGCGGUUAUCGGGGAUAUAACUAGUUGUACUGUUCAUUGUAUUUAUUCAUUUUGUGUGGGAGUGCGUUGAGAUCUUUCGGAUGUACUUAUUGAGCGUAUGUUUGUGGCUGUGUGAGUGUGACCAUUCAUGUCCGCUUGUUACCAUUUACAGAUAUGCUUAUGUGAUAGUUUACUUCUAACUAGAGAACCCAAAGCGAUGUAGUAUUAAAUUUUGAUUGGAAUUAUUUAUAAUUAUGUCAAUAAACACCAGCGAAUACGAUUA